CUUGCGAGUCAAGUCAACUCACCGAAUCUUCCAGUAAAGCCAAUCGACAGCUGGUCAAGAGGAAUUCGCUGUCGUCUUCUGGUGGAACCGACCAAAUCUUCCAGUAAAGCCAAUCGACAGCUGGUCAAGAGGAAUUCGCCGUCGUCUUCUGGUGGAACCGACCUCCGAAUCUCUUCACCCAACACUUCCACUCGAAAUGGAACUGGUCAAGAGGAAUUCGCCGUCGUCUUCUGGUGGAACCGACCUUCGAAUCCUCGCGUCAGCAUGAAUCUUCCAGUAAAACCAAUCGACAGCUGGUCAAGAGGAAUCCGCCGUCGUCUUCUGGUGGAACCGACCUUCGAAUCUCCUCAACCUAAUCGACAGCUGGUCAAGAGGAAUUCGCCGUCGUCUUCUGGUGGAACCGACCUUCGAAUCUCUUCACCCAACAGCUGGUCAAGAGGAAUUCGCCGUCGUCUUCUGGUGGAACCGACCUUCGAAUCUCUUCACCCAACACUUUCACUCGAAAUGGAAGUAAUCCCAACAAUUAUGAAACAGGAGAUUCCUCGAAACCCAACUUUUCUUCAUGGCUUAACUCAAAAUGGUAGUAAUCCCAUUAAUUAUGAAACAAGAGAUUCCUCGAAACCUAACUUUCCUUCGUACAUACUUACUAAGCCAAGUAAAAAGGUGGCUGGCUACGAUCGUGAUCACUUUAUAUAA